AUGUCGCAGAAGAUAGAUUUCAACGCCUUGAAGGCCCGUACGAUGGGCUCAGGCAACGAUGAGGAGGCGGUAACAGUGGACACUCGCGGGCUGAUUUCCAAAGUCCUCGCGCGUUAUUCAGGAAAAUGGACAGUUCUACGAGAGAUGAUCCAAAAUGCAGCGGAUGCCAGCGCCACCAGAGUGACGAUCAAGUUCGAGACGCUACCGUCGACAACUGUACCUUUACCAGCCUCUGCCGACCAGACGACACUUAUCAAGCAUGUACUAUCUAACCACACUUUGAAACGCCUUCUCAUAUCGAACAAUGGGCUUCCUUUUAGUGAGAAGGAUUGGUCUAGGUUGAAGCGGAUCGCGGAUGGGAACCCGGACGAGACAAAGAUCGGGGCCUUCGGAGUCGGGUUUUACAGUGUUUUUGAUGACUGCGAGGAACCUUUUGUCUCUUCCGGAGACGAGGCCAUGGCCUUCUACUGGAAAGGGAACGCUCUUUUCACUCGACGACUGCAGCUAGAUGAGGGAUCAAAGAAUCCUGAAACGACAUUUGUGCUUGAUUACCGCAAUGAUUCCUCGCCCAUACCUUCGCUGAUGCAGCUGUGCCAGUUCCUAUCAAGCAGUUUGACGUUUGUUGGCCUUGAGAGGAUCGAGUUGUGGCUAGAUGACUGGAAUCUGUUGCGCCUGACAAAGAAAGUCGCACCAAGUGUCAACGUGACGAUCCCAAAAGAUAUUGAAACAAAGACUGCUCAGGGCCUCAUGAAGAUUUCCAGUGUGACACGGGAAGUAGCCCAGGUUGAUGCGUCCUGGAUGCGGAUUGUCGAGUGGAAGCCUCAGGCAACUUUGUCCCCCCUUGAUGGCCUUCGGGAUACGACAGGUUCUCUGCGCUCGUUCUUCUCAAGGCUCACUGGCCAGAAUGGCGCAGAAAAACAGACCAAACCCGAAAGAAUCGAAAGGUCAAAUGAGAACGAAGAGCUGACAAAGAUACUGAAUGCUUCUGUCUUCCUCCACAUCAACACCGCAUCCAUCCAAGCGUCUGUCAGCCAAGCUUUGAGUGAUGAGCUCGAACGAGCGACUCGCAAACCCCCGCCCAAGAAGACUAAGAUAGCCAUUCUGACACCAUCAUAUGACGCAACUAUCGCGGUCGGAGCGUCUCUGUCGCAAUCAGAGAUUCUGGCGUCAAUUUUGCCCUCAAAAACUGGACGAGUGUUUAUCGGUUUUCCGACGCACCAAACGACCGGCCUCAAUGCGCACAUAUCUGCUCCCUCGGUGAUCCCCACUGUCGAGAGAGAAAGUAUUGAUUUGAACACUCGGUAUAUUAGUCGAUGGAACCUCGAGAUGCUGAGAGCAGCAGGCAUCAUUUGUCGGAUCGCUUGGUCCGCAGAAAUGGCGUCGAUUAAACUUAAUAUCUUAUCAAAGAGAGAACUCACGAAUAGAUCAAAAAUUCGAAGGGAAGACAUUGUGCCCGUCAUUCCUGAAGCCAUCCACAGUGCCAACCAGUUUGUUUUCCGAGAGUCGACCCCUUCGUCGCUUUUGGGGCAAACGAUCGAAGAUGCCUUCUGGACGUGUAACAAGAACGCCUCGAUUGAAAUUCUUUCUUCUUGUGGUGUGAUACAAAGUCAUCAGACUCGCAUUGCACCCAAAGAGCUCAGCUUCAUGGACUCUAUCCCUGUUUUGCCUGAUGAAUUCGUCUUGGGUGCGAAGGAGUUCGUCAAAAAGCUGACAGACUUUGGCCUUGUGACCGACAUCACUGUGUCAGACAUCAAAAAGGAGCUAGAAACGUGUACGCUGCGCUCCGACCAAGUCCUUGAAUUUCUCUCCUGGCUUGGUCGGAGAGCUGUCUCAGGGCAACUGGAAUCCUCGUCAAUUCAAGCUCUACUUAGUGUUGCUGUUGUGAACGAUGAAGACAGCAAGGGCAAUGCGACGCCAUUGCUCGUGUUGGCAGAUAUAAGGUGCUUCCUAAAUCCUCAGCGUAUCCCCGCUGAGCUACCGUUACCACCUUGGGUGAUGCCUUUUAAGUUCACAAAAAGUCUGAGCAAACAAUAUUUCGAGGCCAUGGGAUGGAAAGAACUGGAUAUAGUGCCUUGGUUGAAAUGGCUGGUUGGGAACGCCGGAAAUAGGAGCAUUCUCACGGUGGAACAAGAUAUGACUUGCACGUCAGCGUUCGCUGCGCAAGUCCUACCUGUCCUUUCCAAGCAAUGGGAACCCUUGAGUCCAUCAGCCAAGCAAACAGUUGCCAGCCUACUACAAGCGCAGACAGUCAUUCCGACGAGAUUUGGUAUGAAGCGGCCUGCUGAGACUUAUUUCACCUCUGUCCGGUUGUUCGAUGAUCUUCCUAUUGUAUACGGCCUGAACAACGUUAAAGAGAAGUUUCUGGCGGCGCUCGGAGUACGCAAGACCGUUGAGCUUGGCGUCAUUUUUGAGCGUCUUCUCGACCCCUCUGAAUCUGCUAAUACGGCUGUCGACAAUCAGAAGAGGUGGAGCCAUGUCGACCUAGUCAAAUAUCUUACUUCAGUGCGGGAAGAUAUUCCGCAGAAGGAUAUUGAGCGGCUUAAAAAUACGAGUAUUUGCAUGGCUGAAGUCCAAGGGGACUCGACUGAUAACCACAGGAAACGGUACAAGAUCUCUGAGCUGUUUGAGCCGAACGAAUCUCUCAGGAAUCUUAACUUCCCUAUUAUCGAAUGGCCAGCAAACUACAGACCUAGCAGUGGUGAAGGGAGGUUUCUCACAAUGUUGGGCCUCAGAUGUUUCCCGACAGCACCGGAGUUGAUCGACCUCAUGGCACAAUCAUUGAAAGAAGCAAACCACGCUCUUUACGGAAGAGCAAUAUCCUACUUCAUUACUGAGUAUCAUACAAAUGGAUAUGCUACAUUCAACUGUGGCGGGGUCAAUGUCCCUUUUCUAUCUGUUGAAGGCUCAAAGGUUCCUAGCGCCCCCAGCAAGUGCUUUACUGAUGAGGGAGCUGCGUUGUUUGGCUUUAAAAUCCUACGAAAGGACCUCCAUCCACAUGCACUCAAGUUCGGCGUUAGACCACACCCUGCACUUGGGGAGUGCAUCGAUGUCCUUAUACAACAGCCCCCCACGACCAGAAAGGACGCCAGGGUGUUUUUCAAGUACCUGGCUGGAAGAGUCGCUGAACUCAGUGCACGAGAUAUAAGUCGCGUUGGAAAUGCGUUGGUCGUGCCUAUCACGUCCAGGGAUGAGACGGAAAAGGACCAAAAGUUCCGGCUGAUCACCCCGAACAGCUGUUAUCUCGGAGAGGGUGAAGAUUACCGAGAUAUUUUUGAUUUUGUCGACUUUGGCCAGGAAGCAAACCUUUUUCUCAUGGCCGUUGGUUCUAAACGCGAACCAACCAAACCCGAGUUGGCUCGUAUGGUGGUGAGAGAGCCUGCACGGAUAUCAUCUAUAUUUCAAAGUUCUGAGAAGUAUAUCAAACUCCUGAGGACUCUUGCCGAGCAUCUUCCUACUCUGAGAAAGGAUCGGGAUCUUUUCAACUCCAUGAGAAGAUCUUCGUUCUUAUUGGCAAGUAGAGACAUCACGAGCCAAGGAACGAAGAAAACAAAUGGAAAGGCAGAAGGUGGCGAUGGAUCGGAUGAUGAUCUCUAUGCCGACGAAGACCAAAGUAUCAAGGAGUGGAACCUGGCUGCUGCAAAAGAAAUUAUCGUCGUGGAUGACUUUCAGAGUUUCAAUCUGUUCAAGGAACAUGUACUCGCCGCUCCCCAAGAAGAAGUAUUGGAGAACUUCUACAUCGCUCUCGGAGCGUCUCCGUUGAGUACUAUAGUUGAAGAGAGAGCCCAUUGGGGAGCGGUGGCUGCCGACCAACGUCCUGCGGUCAAGCUACAGAAGCUCAUCCACGAACGGUCGAGACUCUUUCUUCAUGAUCAGUCUUCAGAUUCGAUCCGGCAUGACAUCAAGUGGUUGGAAAAGAAUCUUACUGUGCAUGUCGUGAAUUCCAUUUCUUUGACGAGGUCCCUGCAGGGUCGUCGUGUCUCGCACAACCAAAAGCGAAGCGCCAUCAUAACACAGCAACCGAAGGGCUGGACACUCUGGAUCUGUCCUGGAAAAUAUGAUCUUUAUGAAAUCAGUCAGGCAUUGGUCCAUCUCAUCCUUGUCAGGCCGAAACUUCACUCAACCCUUACAUUGGAAAUGCUACUAAAGACCGAUCUUUUGGAACUCAAAGCCCGAGGUUACAACGUGGAGCGUAUUCUCAAGCAAAAGGCUCAUGAAGCAAAGAUGGCAGAAGAUAGACGCCAGAAACAAGUGGAGGAGGAGCGUAAGCUCCUACAAGAGAGGGAAGCCGAAUGGGCAAAGAGACAGGCACAGAUUGCUGAAGAGGAACAGGCACAAGCACAGGCACAGGCACAGGAUUUGAUGCCAGGCGACUUUCCUAAUUCACCAACCCAAAGAAACAAUACCCGCGACCUUCAACAAAUCUCACAGCCGGAGGCAAUACAACAGGAUCAGCGGCCGCGUGGUCUCUUCGCUAGCUUGACCAAGCGCCUUGGUCUGGAAAAUGGGCGAUUCAAUGACCUUUCCUCUUCGACCACGGGACCAUCAGAGCCUCAGGGCAGCCUUCCCCCGCCCCCUUACUCUGCCGAUGACCCAAACAAAAACAGGCCGGAAGGUACCCCUAAUGUUCAUCCUCCGCACAAACUACACGAGGAACUACUCUCCGCUGUACAGGCCUGUCGAGCUCAUGGGUCGUCUGGCGUCUACAGCCGGCCCGAGACGAAGCAGGUCAACGAAACCAAAUCCUACUGCGAUGAGAAACCAAGUCAUGACCUUGAAUUUGCGGCCACGCUACCUUGUGGCCUUCAUGUGCUUCUCACCCGCUCGAUCAGCGAUCGGUCAGCAUUCCUCUCCGAGAACAUUGCGGGUAUGAAUGUCUUCGCCUCCGUCUUGCUGGACUGCGCCACCAUCUUCGCUCUGCGCAAAGACAGCCUCAGUCUCUUUUACGACCCCGGAAGCAAGACUAUCGCCUUCAACCAGGCGGGUAGCAUCUUCUGUAACUACCACUACUUCAAGCAGUUACACCAAUCUAGCUUGCUCCAGCUCUCCAGCCCCGGCCGGGCAGAGGCUCUAGUGUACUGGUGGGUUAUUCUCUGUCACGAGCUUGCACACAAUCUCGUGGCCGACCAUAGCUCUGCCCACAGCUACUACACUGAAAGUUUCGUCGCUCAAUACUUCCCCAAGAUAGCCGUGAAACUUGCCGCCGACAGUCCUCAGCCGCCGGUGCAGACCCCUCAGUCUCAGCCAUAG